UUUGACCUUGUGCCUUUUAAGCCCAUAAAUGCUUCUUUGUACCUUUGCGACAAUAAGUUUCACACCGAACCCCUUGGUCAACUCCUGGAAUCUGAUGAAAAGUUUGGGUUUAUUGUCAUGGAUGGAAAUGGCACUCUUUUCGGGACAUUAAGUGGUAACACCCGAGAAGUGCUUCACAAAUUUACUGUUGACCUUCCAAAGAAACAUGGAAGAGGAGGACAAUCAGCUCUUAGGUUUGCUCGUCUUCGAAUGGAAAAGCGCCACAACUAUGUAAGGAAGACAGCGGAGCUUGCCACUCAAUUUUUUAUUAACCCUGCAACGAGCCAGCCAAACGUAUCGGGAUUAAUACUUGCUGGAUCAGCUGAUUUCAAGACUGAGCUGAGCCAAUCGGACAUGUUUGACCCUCGCCUCCAGGCCAAGAUACUCAAUGUGGUUGAUGUGUCGUAUGGAGGAGAAAAUGGUUUCAAUCAGGCCAUUGAAUUAUCUGCUGAAAUUCUUUCCAAUGUGAAGUUCAUACAAGAAAAGCGCUUGAUAGGGAAGUUUUUUGAAGAAAUCAGUCAAGAUACUGGAAAAUAUGUUUUUGGUGUGGAUGACACAAUUAAAGCUUUGGAGAUGGGAGCCGUUGAAACAUUGAUUGUAUGGGAAAAUUUGGAUAUAAAUCGUUAUGUGCUUAAAAACAGUACAACCAAUGAGAUUGUCGUUAAACACUUAAACAAGGAUCAGGAGGGUGACCAGAGCAACUUCAAGGAUUCAGAGACAUCUGCUGAAUUGGAGGUUCAAGACAAAAUGCCAUUGCUGGAGUGGUUUGCGAAUGAGUACAGAAACUUUGGCUGCACACUUGAGUUUGUCACCAACAAAUCUCAGGAGGGAUCACAGUUCUGCCGAGGAUUUGGUGGCAUUGGGGGAAUUCUUCGCUACCAGGUUGAUAUUCGAUCUUUUGAUGAGCCAUCUGACGAUGAAGGAUUGUAUGAGGAUUCAGAUUAAGUUGAGCUGAUACUCAUGAUGCCAAGAUGAGAAAAUUCUUAAGUGCUUUAUCAGUGAGCUUCUAGUCACUAUGAAUUUAUAAAUUUGACAUUUUUUAAGUCAAUCGACUUAAUCAAUCUUCUUCUUGGACGAAGGGGUAUCUGGUAUCCUCUGGCGGUUUAUGAAACUGUAUAUCUUAACUGAUCUUUUUCGUGCUUA